CUUUGCAAUGUGGUCCGCCUGCCUCGGUACUUGCAGAACGAGGAUGUAGAGUUCUACUUUACACAAAGAAGCAAGUACCAAGGGAAGACAAAACAGAUCAUCAACAUAAGAGGACCUUCAUUUAAGGAAUACCAUUCAUCCAAAGUGUGGGAAGAAACCAGGGAUUUAUUGAUGGCUUCCACAUGGAUUAUCCUAUAGCCUGCUGUGGUCAGUAGAAGAACAGGCCAUCCAUCCACUUCUCUGCUGCUUUUCUGCUCAAGCUCAAAUCCUCAGGUAGAUCAUGACCGUAUGAAGCCUGCAGGACAUGUUGUAACGACCCUGAAAUUGCACUGAAGACAGACGUCGCCCCUUCCAUUUUUUGUGAUUGGUGUUGAUACUGUGGUGGUUGGUUAUUGUCCACAGUGAGCGGGGUUGUUGCUUUUUCUGGUCUCUUCUUUGUUAAAGAAACAUGUCUGAUCCUGGCUGUCAUCAAGACACUGGCCUCAAACCAGGCCUGCUGGAAAAAAGCAAUGGCGUGGAUGACUCUCCACCUUUGGUCAAUUCGGAAAGGAGGAACAAAAGUGGGAUAAUAAGUGAACCUUUGAACAAAAGUCUUAAGAAGUCUCGGCCGCUCUCCCACUACUCUACUUUUGGUAGCACCAGCUCAUUAAGCGAACAUUCAGAGAAAGGUGCCCUCGUAGCCAACGGCAAUGAAGCAACUAUGGAUAAAAGCAAUUCUACCUCAAAGCACAAAACCAUCUCUGACAUGCUGAGCAAAUCAGAUCUUUCUUCUGAAGGACAGAACAUCUUGCAACAGUUUGCUCAGUCUACAGAGCUGCUCAAAAGGGUCGUCCAGGAGCACAUUCCCUUGCCUAAUGACCACGGGACGGGCAUCUCAGACAUGGAAGCCGUCUCGGCUGCUGAGACGAUGAACAGCCCAUCCGAUUUCCCUUACCUGGGGGCCUUUCCUAUCAACCCUGGCCUUUUCAUCAUGACCCCUGCUGGUGUGUUUCUGGCAGAGAGUGCACUCCAUAUGGCUGGCUUAGCAGAGUACCCAAUGCAGAAUGAAUUGGCAUCUGCCAUCAAUUCAGGGAAAAAGAAACGGAAACGAUGUGGCAUGUGCCCUCCUUGCAGAAGACGGAUAAACUGUGAGCAGUGCAGCAGUUGUAGGAACCGUAAAACUGGGCACCAGAUUUGCAAAUUCCGAAAAUGUGAGGAACUUAAAAAGAAGCCUUCUGCUGCACUGGAGAAAGUGAUGCUUCCUACAGGCGCUGCAUUCCGGUGGUUUCAGUAGGAACAAGAAUCCCAAAGCUCUGUCAUCCAGUGCAAUGUCACUGCUUGCUUGUGUUGUCUCAGGCAAGGAUUUUUUUUGGCGGAAAUGAAUGGAUGCGCCUGUGUCUCCUUUAGAACCAAAAAUAUUUUCUCGCAGAUUUCAUUCCUGUUUUUUUUAUAUAAUUUUUUGGCAUAUGUUUAACAUCUUCGAGUACUAGUAAAACAAACAUUAACUGCUUUUCAAAUAAUUUUUUAAAAAGAAUCCAUAAAGUACCAAGACGUAAUAGAGUAUGGACAAUCAAUCAAUUUAUUUUCCUGUGUUUUGGUGUUGAUGUUGUUUAUGUGUGGAAGAUGCAGUUCUUGUGUAGAGAAUGUAAAUUUACAGUAACCUUUUAAAUCUAGUUACUAAUAAGCACUACUGUAAUUAGCACAGCUGUUUACUCAUUCAUAUUUUUUUGUUUGAUUACUUUCCAUCAUUAAAGAAAAAUAGUGUGGCUAGUUUCUAGAAUGCCUCAACUCCAUGUUUAUAAAUGAGAAUAUGUUUAAAAUAAAGUAGUUUCCCUUUCCCUAACCAUACACAUAAGAUAAGGUUUAAUCAGCAAGAUGUUUGGUAUUAAAAAGUGAAACUGUACGGAAAAACUGGCAAGUCUUUAAAGCAAAUAAUAAUAAUAAUAAUUUCAGAUCAAGAAAAAAUGCACAUAGAAUAAACCCAGAACUAAUUUCAAUGAUUCUCUUUUAGAAACCAUUUGAAAAUAUUACUGGAAUUCAGAUAUAAGCUAUUGCAGAACCUGUGCUGAAAACAUAUACAAGUCUUUUUCUUCUGUUCAAAGCCCUCAUCUCCUGCUUUCUCACCAUCACUAACUGAAAGGCUGUUUGUAAUGUUCUAGCAAUUCAGGCUGUUUUGUGAAUAAAAAUGAAAGCAUGUUUUGUGUCAUGGUUUACAUCUUCAUUAUUCUGCCCAUUUUGGUUGCAUGCAGGGUCCUUUUGUUUGUUUAUUUGGGGUGGGGACACCAAACCAAAAAAAUCGCCUCUUCCAUAUGUUCUGGAGUUUUUCGCAAUAAUUUCCAAUGUUUGUCUUUAUUGGUAAACUGAGGGCGUUUAAUCAUGUUUUAGUUUUAUGGGUUCUUUUCUUUUAAAGAGAAUUAUAAAUGUUUUAAUAGUGGAAAUCAAACAAUCAGACAUUUCUUUUUGCAAUCUGAUGAUAUUACUG